UGUCGUUUAUUCUUUAUGAUCACAUUGAAAUUCAGAAUAACGUUUACAUGAUCUCGAGAUUUCUGGAUAUCAUAUACAAAUUGUUGGUAUUCAAGGUGGUGUUCGGAUUGAAGGACUGUUGCCUUAUUUUCGUAAGGUUAUGUGAAUCAGUGAAAUACCUGCAGCUCCUCCAUUCAAGAUGGACGUUCUUUGAAAUUAACAAUUGAAACCAUAUUUAUUUUUUCUUAUUAUCAAAACUAAAACAAUUAUGUUGGAACCGUACUCUUCCGAACUAUUAUGGCUUGUCAUUUUGGGUUUCAUAAUUGCUUUCAUUUUAGCUUUUGGUAUUGGAGCCAAUGACGUUGCAAACUCCUUCGGUACCAGUGUGGGAUCAAAAGUACUGACAAUAUUCCAAGCGUGUUGCUUAGCAACCGUUUUCGAAAUAUCCGGAGCAAUUCUAAUCGGUUAUAAAGUAUCUGACACAAUGAGAAAAGGAAUAUUAGAUGUAAACGUUUACCAAGAUGCAGAAAUAGAGUUGAUGUUAGGUUCCAUUAGCGCUCUUGCUGCCAGCGCCACCUGGCUGAUGGUUGCUACUUUCUUCAAGCUACCAAUUUCCGGAACACACAGUAUAGUAGGCGCAACGGUCGGAUAUAGCUUGGUCAUACGCGGAACCCAAGGCGUUCAAUGGAAAACUUUAGGCAAAAUAGUUGGUUCCUGGUUUAUUUCUCCGAUCUUGAGCGGUGUCACGUCUUGUUGUAUUCUCUGGAUAAUAAAAAGAUUCAUUUUAACUCGUCCUGAUCCUCUGGAAGCAGGGUUGAUAUCCUUACCGCUCUUCUACAGCUUCACAAUACUCAUAAACGUCUUUUCCAUCAUCCACGACGGUCCGAAGUUGCUGCGCAUGGACAACAUUCCUCUGUGGAUGGCUCUCACAAUAAGCGUAAGCAUCGCUUUGUUUUUCAUGGUUGUAAUAUGGUUGUUCGUAGUACCUUGGCAAAGGAAAAUGAUAAAGGACGACAUCAGAAGGACGAAAGUCCCGGUCAAUUUCGACAUCGGCGAGUCGACUGAUACUUCCCCCGAGGGUAGUCCCAACCGAAAAGCGAACAGGAAUUCUGCGCUACUGGAACGUCAAUUAACUGUUAUAUCGGAAAGUACCGAGCUCCAAUCGCUGGAUCAGAGCAAAAUUACGGCUGCGAAAUACAUUUUUCCGAUCCAGACAAGCGAAAAAACGAUUUUCAAUAACGCUACCAAAGAGACUGCCAUUCAUAAAUACGUUAGACCGACCGAGCUUAAACUAGUUGAAAGUACUACCGUGAAUCCCACCUUGUCUCCUAGUUCCAGCGGAGUGCCGUUGAUAAUGAAUAAGAGCUUCGGCAACCAGAGUGAUCCAGGGCGAGAUUCAUGUGUCACAGACGUUCAAGAAAUUCCAGAUCUAACACUUGAGAAUAAGAGCGUGUCGAAAUUAUUCAGUUUUCUACAAGCUUUGACCGCUAUGUUCGGAAGUUUCGCUCAUGGGGGAAACGACGUAAGUAAUGCCAUUGGACCCCUUAUCACUCUUUGGUUGAUCUACUCUGAGGGAACUGUGCAGCAAAAAGCCGAAACGCCGAUAUUCAUUUUGCUGUACGGCGGACUUGGUAUAUCCGUGGGGCUUUGGUUGUGGGGAAGGAGAGUUAUCGAGACGAUUGGGGAAGAUUUGACAACUAUAACCCCAUCUACGGGCUUCACCAUUGAAAUUGGCUCAGCUUUCACAGUAUUAUUAGCAAGCAAGGUUGGCAUACCCAUUUCAACUACGCAUUGCAAAGUCGGCUCUGUUGUCUUCGUUGGCUACUUUAGUUCAUCAAAAAAAGGCGUGGAUUGGAGUUUGUUCAGGAAUAUAAUAUCGGCUUGGCUGAUCACAGUUCCCAUAGCAGCGUUAUUAUCUGCCGGUACCAUGUUGUUCUUCAAUUACAUAAUUUUAACAAAAAGUUACUAGUGCUGAUGUCUCCGAAUGAUGUUAUAGAACCCCUUUUAGAGUACUAUAAUAAUUCGUAAAAGAUAGGGAUAGUUUUAUUUUUUUCAGUACGAUCUGAGAAGAGUUCGUUCUUAAUUUCGAUUAAUCCGAUGCUGAUUUUAUUAAUUUAUCCCAUUGAUUAUUUCGUCGACCUUAUAAAUAUAUAUUUUUGAUAAACGAAUGAAACUCAUUGAAUGUUGCAAAAUCUAUUGUACGUUAAGGUUUUUUAUUGAUCCGAAUAAAUUUCUUUCUAUUACA